UACACAGAGACUUCUUCUAUAUAUUUCAUUUAUGCUUUUUAUUUUUUUUGGUCUUUAUCUUUUUCCUUGCUUUUACUUUCAACAACUAUUCCUCUUGAUCUUCUUCUUCACCAAAAACGCAGUUUCCUUGCAAAAAAUUUGUAGCUCUGAUGGAAACAAUUACAGGGCUUCCAUUUAUGUUUCUGAUUCUCUGCCUUGUGACAAGAGAACUUCUUCCCAACACCGACGCUCAAUUAACGAACUGCAUGGAUUCAGACCGAGAAGCUCUUGUUGACUUCAAGAGUGGUCUUCAUGAUCCUGAGAACCGGCUUUCUUCAUGGAAGGGAAGCAACUGUUGUCAAUGGUGGGGAAUAAGCUGUGAGAACACUUCUGGAGCAGUUAUUGCAGUUGAUCUCCAUAACCCACAUCCAUAUAAUUAUGGUGAAUCUACAGGUACGAAUGGAUUAUGGAACCUUAGUGGGGAAAUUAGACCUUCACUGACGAAACUCAAGUCCCUGAGGCAUUUGGACUUGAGUUUCAACACAUUUGAUGGCAACACAAUUCCUGAAUUUUUUGGAUCUUUGAAAAGUUUGCAGUAUCUAAACCUUUCUAAUGGUGGGUUUAGUGGUGCAAUUCCUCCAAAUUUAGGAAACCUCUCUAGCUUGCAGUAUCUUGAUGUCCAUUUGUGGGGUUUACUUGUCAAUAAUCUUGAAUGGGCAGCGGGUCUUGUUUCUCUAAAGCAUCUUGUGAUGAAUGAAGUUGAUCUUUCAAUGGUAGGACCAGAUUUGUUUAGGCAACUAAAUAAGCUCCCAUCCUUAACCGAGUUGCAGUUAAGGAAUUGUAGAUUAUCUGGAUCCAUUCCACCUCCUACCUUUCUAAAUUUCACUUCACUUGCUGUCCUAGAUCUUAUUCAUAACCAAUUCCAUUCAGAAAUACCUGGUUGGCUUGUCAAUAUUAGCAGCCUUGUUAAUUUAGAUAUAUCUGAAAGUGAAUUGUUUGGAAGAAUUCCACUUGGUUUUAGUGACCUUCCAAAUUUGCAGUUUUUAUAUCUAGGUGACAAUAGUCUUACAGCAAGUUGCCAUCAGUUGUUGGGGGGACGAUGGAGGAAGAUACAUGUCCUUGACUUAUCAAGGAACCGUCUAGAUGGAAAACUUCCUGCUUCCAUUGGAAACCUGACAUUUCUCAGUCACUUACAUCUUGCUUCUAAUAAUGUUGAGGGUGGGAUUCCAAGCUCAAUUGGAAAUCUGUGCAACCUGAUGUUAAUGGACAUGUCAAGCAACACCAUGAAUGGAACUUUACCCGAAUUCCUUGACGAAGCGGAAAAUUGCCUGUCUAUGAGGCCACUGCCUAGUCUGCUGUCCUUAGAGUUGUCAGGUAAUCACUUGGUUGGUAAUUUACCAGAAUGGUUGGGUCACCUUGAGAAUCUUGUUAAGCUUGUUUUAUCUUAUAACUCUCUCAAUGGUCAUAUCCCAGAUUCUUUUGGAUCACUCCAAAAUCUUUCUAGGAGGCCACUGCCUAGUCUGCAGUCCUUGGACUUGUCAGGCAACCAGUUGAUCGGUAAUUUACCAGAAUGGUUGGGCGGCCUUAAGAAUCUUGUUGUGCUUAGUUUGUCCUCUAACUCUCUAUAUGGUCCCAUCCCAACUUCUUUUGGAAUAUUAAAGCAAAAUCUUACCCUUCUGAAACUAAAUGAGAAUGAACUAAAUGGGACCCUCCCAGAAAGUUUGGGACAACUUUCCGAGUUGUCUACACUUGAUGUUUCUUCCAAUAAAUUGACAGGUGUUGUUACUGAAGCACAUUUUUUAAAGCUAAAAAAGCUAAGUUAUUUAGAUCUGUCUUCAAACUCUUUCAAAUUGAAUGUCAGUUCUAAUUGGGUUCCCCCAUUCCAAGUCUCUUCUCUUUCAAUGAGAUCCUGCCACUUGGGUCCUUCAUUUCCGGUUUGGCUUAAGUCACAAAAGCAAGUAAACUUUUUGGAUUUCUCAAAUGCUAGCCUUUCUGGCUCCAUACCUUACUGGUUUUGGGAAUUUUCUUAUUCAUUAUCACGGUUGAAUCUUUCUUUUAAUCAACUAGCAGGUCAACUACCAAGUCGACUAGAGUUUGGUGCACUUGGCUUUCCAAGUCAAGUCAUUCAUUUAACAGGUGCAGUAGUUGAUUUCAGCUCAAAUAACUUCAGUGGGUCUAUUCCUAAACCAAGUGGCAUUAACAUACUCGAUCUAUCCAAAAAUAAACUUUCUGGUAAUAUUCCAAAUAACAUAAGUCAGUCCUUGGUUUUCCUUUCUAUUGGUUAUAACCAGAUAAAUGGAGAAAUCCCUGCUUCAAUAUGUAACAUUGGUCCUUAUCUUAAAGCCAUUGAUCUUUCCAAUAACAAAUUAAUAGGAAGUAUUCCAUCAAGUAUUGGAAAUUGUUCUGAUCUCUCUGUACUAGACAUUAGUAAUAACCAUUUGUCUGGAACCAUUCCUACAUUCUUGGGUCAAUUAGGUGGGCUUCAAACAUUGCACCUGAAUGACAACAAGCUCUACGGACAGCUCCCAUCAUCUUUCCAAAACUUAUCAAGUUUGGAAACACUAAAUCUUGGAAACAACAGGUUAAGUGGUGUAAUCCCACCAUGGAUUGGGAAAGGAUUUGAAAGUCUAAGAAUUCUUAGCUUGAGGUCUAAUUCAUUUUCAGGAGAACUUCCAACUCUGCUAUCAAACUUAAGCGCACUACAAAUCCUGGACCUAGCAGAAAAUCAGUUGGCAGGCAGUAUUCCGCCUAGCUUUGGACAUUUCAAAGGUAUGUCACAAGCCGAAAGCAUUAACCAUUAUCUAUUGUACAGGCCUUCUCGUAGUUCCAUUCACAUACUCGGAUGGGAAAACUACGAGAUUGUUGGCAGCUACUAUGAAAGCUAUGUUGUAAAUAUGAAAGGCCAGCCUCUAAGAUAUACGAAGACCCUUUCUCUUGUAACCGUCCUAGACCUCUCAGGAAAUAAUUUGAGCGGAGAUCUUCUCAUAGAGAUAACAAAUUUGUUGGGUUUGCGCGUUAUCGACUUGUCAAGAAACCAAAUCACAGGUCACAUUCCCGAAAGCAUUUCGAAGUUGAAGCUAUUGGUUUCCCUUGAUCUCUCUCGUAAUAGUUUCUCCGGUGCUAUUCCUCAAAGCUUGGGUACACUCUCAUUUCUGGGUUAUCUGAAUCUGUCAAACAAUGAUUUGUCUGGUCCUAUUCCUUAUAAAGAUCAUAUGAGCACUUUCGAUGAAUUCUCUUUUGCUGGAAACCUCGGCCUUUGUGGUGGUCCACUUGCUGUGAAAUGUCCAAGUGAUGAUGAUGAUGAUGAGAAAUCAGAUAAGGGACGGACAACUUCCAAGGAUGCUGGCAAUGGUGACAGCUUUAUUGAUAAGUGGUUUUACUUGAGCAUUGGAUUGGGAUUUGCAGCCGGAAUUCUUGUUCCGUAUUUGAUAAUGGCGAUGAGAAAAUCUUGGAGCAUAACCUACUUUGAUGUUGUCGAUAAAGUUGUAGAUAGAAUGCUAUAUCUGUGGUUGAAAUAUAGAACCACAAAGCAGAGGACUAGAGGGCAUCAGCGAAGAAGAUAAAGAUUGGGGAAGGUGAUUAGCUUCACCAAAAAACAAAAACAGAACAUGCGUCUGUUUUGCCUUGUAACUGCAAAAUAGCUUUCUAGUUCUAAAACAACAUUAAUUAGAUAUGUAUGUAAACAAAAAUGUAAUUAGAAACUAUACUAAGCAAAACCUUUUGUCAACUCAAGUAAUAAGCAAAGCCUUUUGUCAUUUCUGGUUUUCCAUUAUUUCCUUGCAUAGAAGCUUACCGCUUCACAAGUUAUCAUUUGGAUUAGAUGCCAUGUCACUGCUUCACAAGUUGUCAUUUGGAUUAGAUGCCAUGUUAUUCGUACCUUCGACAAGAAACUAUACAAGAAAAAAAGCAAUUACUUUUGCCUGCGUUUUAUAUCUAUAGCUCUUGGAAAAAAAAAAUAUAUAUAUAUAUAUAUAUUUUCUCCAAAGAUUUUAGUGGGAAUUAAUCAGACAUUGAUGCUUUCUUAUCAAGACUUGAGAGUUAAUCUCCAUAAUACAAAAGUUGAAUUGCCUUUAUAAUAUUUUUGACAACUUUAUUUGAUAUAAAAGGAGAGAACUUCUGCUAAAAUCCGACUUCUAAACAGGGCCUUAAUUUAAUGCUUGCAGAUUGAUGAAAAAUGUUAAAACCAAUAGCCUUUAAUGCUCUCUAUUUUGUCAAGUCUCAUUCGACCUAACAAACUUUGCUAUUUAUAAAUGUUUCAAGAAAUACUUGUCAAUAAAUGGCUUGUUAAAUAUAAUCUUUGCUCCUUAGAAUCACGAACAGCUACUUAUUAAUAUUGCCUACAGUCUACAGAGUGAGUACUAUACAUGCAUAAAAAUGAUUUGAUAAAAAAAAUUUGAUUUUCUUGAUCCAUCUUCAGUUAGUCUUCUCAUUUUUUAGAUUUCCACUUAAUUUAAGCAUUUCUCAGCAUAAUGUGAUCAUUCGCGUAACAAUACUGAAUCAGACAUUGACAUGCUUUGUAUUGCUUAUUAAACCGCAGUUCUAAAGACUAUCUUUUUUUUCUUUUUUUUUUUUGAAACCUUAAUAAUGCAUUCUUAGUUGGAUUGGAUAUCUAAUUUUUCGGACAUUUACAUGCUUCUUUUAGUCAAUUAUUUAAACAAUCUGUUUAGCUUUGCUCUUAGAACUUGAAUUAUGCUUGCGCAAAUGAUACUUAUAUUAUUUCCCCUACACAAAUAGUCUUUAAACUGAC